AUGCGAUAUUCACUUAGAUUGUCUAGGUUUGUUGCUGAACUGCGACGAAGUUGCCUCAUAUUGUGUCUGUAUUUAACGAAUGUCAGGAGACGUCGUUAUCCCAUGAUCAUGCCAUUCUCACAUUUUGCGGAGGACUUUUUUGAGCUCUGCCGUUAUUCUUUGGUCAGUGCGGAACGUACCGUCUUCAGGGAGCGGACCAUUGAUUUCAUUGUUCGUGCUGUUGUUCAUAUCAGUGCCAAUGCUGCUGAACGCGAGGAUGGGAAUCCGCGCAAUCUACUUCUUGUCAAGAUGUUUCUCUUCUGUGCUAAGUAUCACGAAUGCGUCAAGCAUGCACCACGUUUUCGAUGCACGCAGUUUAUUCACAAACUGCUCGAAGCCAUGGGCUCUGAGGCUUGCCUGCCGGUGGAGCUGUUCGACAUCAUUCAACGCGUCCUUCUUCGGCGGUCCACGGAUGUGAAGCCCAUGAUCCGCGUGCAGGCAGCCCUGGGUCUAGCGCGUCUUCAGAAUCCCACGGAUCGCAAGUGCCCAGUUAUUGAGCAGCUGCUGUGGCUUUCGCGCCACGACACCUCACCGGAUGUUCGUCGUGCCGCCCUCGCCGCCAUUGUACUCACCACCUUCACCCUACCUGUCGUCGUGGAACGCUGUCGAGACGUAUCCGAUACCGUCCGCAAAACUGCCUAUAGCAUCCUCGCACAACGCUCCGUGGUUCGACCCCUCUCUAUCGCCAAACGUAUUGCCAUUCUGCAGGAUGGUCUUACAGACACCUCGCCUGAUGUUCGGAAAGCGGCGGAGGCAGUGGUGAUAGCGUGGUUCAACUUCCUAGAUCAAGAUCCGAUUCUCUUGCUGCGAAGACUGGACACCGAAGGUGUACCCAAGACUAGUAAACUCUGUCUCGAUCAUCUAUUGCCGAAUUUGGAGGAGGAUACCUUGGUCACUGUCAUAACCAAGUGGGCGGCUGACUAUUUGGACGAAAGGCACAUCCCAAAACCCGACAGAUGUUCCGUGGAAUGUGUCUUCUUUUGGCGCGUGAUAAUCGAGUAUCUAUUAAAACGCCAGAACGCCGAUGAUACCAGCGAAGUGAACAAUCAAGGUGAGGAAGGUGGGCAAAUCUCCCAUGCCGCCACCACCUCUUCCUCGCCUGGCCAAAUUGCAGCCCUCCUUGAGCGUAUCACGCCCUCCGUUUCCGAUUAUGUUAACUUCAUCAUUCAUCGCGUGGACAGUCUCCUGGUGCUGCUACGAGCAGACGUUGACUACAACGAGAAUGUCAUGGAGGCGGAAAGUGUGUUGGAGCACGUCCUCCUAUUGUGCGAGUCUUUGGACCUCUCCGACGAAUUUGGACGGCGACGGCUCUUCGACGUUGUCCGUGGCUGGCUUGUGUGCCCACAGGUGCCUGCUAGCCUCACAAAAUUCCUGCUGCAAAUCUACUUCAAUCUUGAGUCAAAUGUGCAAAAUCGAGUGCUAAAGGUUGCGGAGAUGACUUCUGAGCUGUUGGAAUCUGCUGAAGAGGCGGCAAAGCAGCAGAACUUAAGCGUUCAAACCACCGUAUUGACAGCUGUCGGUACGAGCGGCAAUCACGGCGAUGUGUCAUCCCGGGCACUGAGUGAUGGAAGGUCACCAGCUGAACCUUCGCACCAACCCCAGGCCAAGCCGUUGAAUAAGGCCCGCGAGACCUAUCUUCGUAUAAAGGUGGCUGAACUGAAGGUGAAAUUGAAUGAAUUGAAUGAGUCGCUGAGUGAAUGCAUUCGGGUGAAGGAUUUUGAGCGUGCUACGUCCCUUCGUGAUGAGUGUGCCCGACUGGAGGGAGAACGCUCCGCUUUGCUUCACGAACUCACCGGGAUUAACUUACCCAUCUGUACGCCAGAUACCAAUAGUCGUCCGGCUCUCUCUGCCUCCUCGGUCCACGUGUCCGGCACUAUGAAAGCGGAGAUGGUCACGGAGGAGGUGGUGGAAAUAAUCGACUCGGAGGAGGAAGAAGAAGAGAACGACGAAUCGGAUCCAAAAGUAAUUCUGGUGCGUCGGCAGAUCAAGUACCUCUCACGGCUUUCCGCAGACGUGGUGCUGAAGGCCAACAAGAUGGUCGUUGUUACAAUUCAAAAGUCACCUUCUCUCUGGUCCCUUCCACCCUCGCUUCGGUCCCUGCUUUACAAUUUGAUCCUGCCCAGUGUUCAGCACACCGAUUUGGCCAUCCGUAAUCAGGCGAUUUUGGCGCUGGGUCUCUGCUGCACUCUCGAUUUGGCUCUCACCAAGUCAUACCUCUCGCUCUUCUAUGAAGCUGUUAAACUUGACCAUGCCACGGUACGUGUGACAGCCAUCAACUGCAUUAUCGAUGUCUUCGUGAUUUUCGGUCUCCAUCCUUUCCUGGAGGUGGCGGAGAAAUUCGAUGAGGUCGAUUUGGACAUCGGUGACCUUGUUUUACUGAAGAGCGGACGUUUCGGCUCCGGUGCCAUCAACACUACCGCUUCUGAGACUAUCAGCCUUGCUCUUCGUUUAUUGGCACCUAUGGUGGAACUUAUCGAUAGUGAUGAUGCAGAUUUGCGCACAGCAGCGGGCGUGGGUGUAGCGAAGCUCUUCAUCUUCGGCCGUCUAUUGUCGGGCCGACUAAUCUCACGCCUACUGCUGCUCUGGUUCAACCCGCAAACUGCGGAAUUGCCUACGCUGAGCCAGUCAUUGGGUGUCUUCUUCACCGACUUUGCCUGCUCCAGCCCCGAGCGACAGGCCUGUGUGGCCGACGCGGUUCUCCCCACCCUGACUAUCCUCGUGGCUGCGCCGGCCACAUCUGCUCUCUCCGAAAUCGACCCUGGCCUUGUCGUCGAUCUCCUCGCUCGACUCACCGACGCCUCCUGCCUUUUUCCCAAGGUGCAGAGCAGAGUGGCCGCUGAUGGCGGCGAGGAUUACAAAAGUACUGAUAAUCCCUGCCACGACGACCUGGCUAUGCGCCUUAGUAAUCGCGUUUUGAACGCCCCCCAGUCUGCAGAGGCUCGUCUUUACAUUCGAGUACUCAGUCAGCUUCGACUCUCGCUGUACAAAGCUCAGUUAUACAAGGAUCUCCUUCGCAUGACAGAUCUUAUGUUCAAGAAAGUUGAGCGUAGUGCGUUCCUGAGUCUCCAUCGCUUCAGGAAAAAUAUUCAGGCUAGCAUAUCUGCUUCGGGCUUGACGAUGGACGACUUCCUGUUGGAGGGUUCGGACGUCGUGGUACAGCAAUCUGGUCCGUCUCUUUCACCUCAUGCUGAGGAUCGUCCAACCCUGCUAGAAUCACCUGGGCCCUCAAAAUUGAACUUGGAGGAAGAAGAGGGUCUUUCUCAAAGGACCUUGAUUGCGCAAAAUGAGGAACUGAGGAGUACAGUAGCCGGCUUAUCCUUCCGUGGUCCCUCCCUGGCAUCGAAACUUCUAGUGUUCUCCGACGAUGAGAAUAACGAUAAGAAGGAGGGGGAAGGUGAAGGAAUUGUAAUUUCAGAAAAGGAAGGGGAAGAGGAUGGUGAAGCUAGUAUGAUCCAGACUCGCCAGACCAGCUCGAAGCCGCUCACGAGAUCACGGAUACGCGUUUGCAAGACACCUACUACUACUACCGCCACCCGCAAUAUUCGUACCGCAUCAAAGGCCAGAGUGGCGUCCGUGGUAGAUAGGGAGUCGAUGCCUCCGCCCUCAUCCAGCAUUGCGAAAAGCAACGUUCGUAAGAAGUCGGAGGCACUUCGCUCAAAUGUGCGCCGAUCCUGUGUGUUGAACCACACGGAUAUCUUAGUCUCCACAGCUUGUGCUUCGGGUCUGCGGCACGGCUCGAAGGCCGCGCCAGUAGCCGUCCGACCCUCCUUACUUUGCUUUGACACAGCUAAUCGAAAUGGUCAAGAGGACAGUCUGCUUACUCCUGUUGAGAGUGAGAUGUUUACACUUGUUUUCAAAUAA